GAUUUAAAAAUAAAAUUUAUAUUUCAAAAUCCCAAUGCAACUUGCCACUAGUUCAGUCUAUUACAGUAUCUCACUCUCCCUGUCUGUUUUCUAGUGUUAUGUUUGAAACACAGCUGUGAGAACUACCAAGAUGAAUCUUUCAACUCAGUUUAAGCUCAUUUGUUUACUUAGCUUCAUGGGUUGGUCUGCUUCUGCAGCUCCCAUUGACCCAACUCGUUUAUCUCCACCUUGGCCACUCACUACUGACCCGGUGCUUCCUACUCAGACCCAGCCCUUUUCUUCUCAGGCUAAGCCUCAGUCUUCAGGGGCUGCAAAUGCAAGCGGGAAACACAGCGAGGACAUUAGCAAUAAAAUACUUGUAGCUCUGAUUGUUACUUCCACUUUGCUUGCGGCAAUUGUGUUGUUUCUAUCUUGUUUCUGGUUCUAUAGGCGGAAAAACUUCGACAAGUCAAACACAGAUGAUCAAGAAAACUUGGAAGCUGCAAAGGGUAUUUCUUUAGGUCCAAUUUUGGGUAAAGUUGGUUCUUUGAGAAUUGGUGGUAAAAAGGGUUCUAACACCGUGAUUGAGUAUAAGUUGUUGGUUGCUGCAACAAAUAAUUUUGAGGAAGACAAUGUUUUGGGUGGAGGUGGAGGUGGACGAGUGUACAAAGCUCGCUUAGGUGAUCAGCAUCUUGCUGCUGUGAAGAAACUUCAGGGUGGUGGCCCAGAAGCUGCAAGAGAAUUUGAGAAUGAGUUGGCAUGUUUAAGCAAAAUUAAUCAUCAGAAUGUGAUUGCUCUUUUGGGUUACUGUAUUCAUGGGGAUACGAGGUUGCUGGUCUAUGAGAUGAUGCACAAUGGAUCUUUGGAAUCCCAGCUGCAUGGACCAUCCCGAGGAUCAGCUUUGACUUGGCCUCUUCGAAUGAGAGUUGCUCUGGAUGUUGCAAGAGGGCUAGAAUAUCUCCAUGAACGCUGCAAUCCUCCUGUGAUUCACAGAGAUAUCAAAUCAUCUAAUAUUCUUCUUGACUCUAACUUCAAUGCUAAGCUUUCUGAUUUUGGACUUGCGGUGGCCAAUGGAAUUCAAAACAACAAAAGCAUAAAGCUUUCAGGAACAUUAGGUUACGUAGCCCCAGAAUAUCUUGUGGACGGUAAACUUACCGACAAAAGUGAUGUCUAUGCAUUUGGCGUUGUUCUUCUUGAACUUCUGACGGGGAAAAAGGCUGUGGAGAAUGUGGCACCAUCUCAAUGCCAAUCUAUAGUCUCAUGGGCUAUGCCUCAACUUGCUAACAGGUCGAAACUUCCAAGCAUUGUGGAUCCAGUAAUCAGAAAUACAAUGGAUUUAAAGCAUCUAUACCAAGUUGCUGCUGUAGCUGCUUUGUGUGUACAACCCGAACCAAGUUACAGACCACUGAUAACUGAUGUCCUACAUUCAUUCAUCCCAUUAGUUCCUGUUGAGCUUGGAGGAUCACUAAGGCUUGCAGAUCCUGCGCAGUCCAUUUAGCUCAAAAGGUUAUAUGCCUUCUCAAGCAUCUAUCAUCCAUCGUGGUAACUUUUACUGGGAAGAAAUUUUGGUUCCAAUCAUACAGCUGUAAAUUAAAAGAGAAGUGUUUUCCUAUGUUUUUCCGCGCUUUACAAAGUCUCAGGUAGUUCUGUUCAAAACUUCUGCUGCAUCGAACUGAUGAUGGAAGCUGCAACUAGUCGCACAAAGGAUUGCUAUAAAAUUUUGUUAUAAAAUUGUUCAUAUGCUGAGGAUUUCAGGUUCCCAGUUUAUGGAAGGUUUAAUGUAUUAAAGUUAUGAUUCUUUAGCUUGA